AAAUGAUUUUAAAAUUUUAGCUUUUAAUCUGGAUGCAUCUAGUUAUAAAGGUGUAACUUAAGUGAUGUUUGUUGUUAUAUAUUUCUCAUAUUAACAUAGGAAUUGUUCAGAAUUGCCUAAAUAGUUUACCAUUUUUAAUCAAUGUGAAUAGAAGAGCUUCUACAACUUCAAGCAUCUGUUUUUUAUGUCCAAUAUUUUACUGUGUUUUCUUCUUAAACCUUCUCAAUAGUGUUGAAUGGAGUUUAUUCAGUAGUUAUUUGUGAACCCAUAUUUGACAGAGUGUACUGGUCCAGCAUGCCCUUGCUCUCAUUCAUAAACAACAAAUAUCAAGCCUUUAUUCCUCUGUCUGGUUGGCUACAUGAAUUCUAAAUUCUAAUUCAUGUCCCCUUGCCCUCAUUUAUGUGUAUAUGAAUAAAAAAUACUUUUCUUUUUUCUUUCUUGGACAAUAACUUUUUUGGAAUUUUCAGUUCUGGUGUCGAACAGAGCCUUCUAUUCUUUUUCUGUAUUUGAUUUUGGAGCUGGUUACAUGCAUAAUAUUGGGUUUGUGAAUAUAUUAUUAACACAGUUGGAUACUUUAUUAUUUUAGUGCGUUGUCUAUUCUUUCAUUGAAGCUCUACAAAUUGUGUCUUAUGUUAAACCAUAGAGUACCUAUUUGUAGUAGUGAGGUGUUGGUCCCCAAUCAAUAAUGCUUGUAACAAAUCCCUGUUCUGGCCUGCAAGCUGGUGGACUACUGUUAAUUGAAUUGCCAUAGUUAUGGUUAAUCUUUUCAUAACACAGGUAAUUCUUUGCAGGCUAGCAUAGAUAUAAUCUUAAUGUUGGGCUUUUGCCAGCAUUGUUUUAUUGCUUCCUUGGUGAGAUUGAUCUGAAGGAAGGGUUUCACCUGAAAUAUUAUGGAUGCCAAUAAAAAGAGGAGAAGAAAACAGUGUUAGCAAUAGCCCUUCUAUUUUAUACAUUGUCUGGUAUUAGAAUCAAAGCCUUUACUUUUCCAAAAUUCUCUCUUUUUGCCCGGUUCAAGUAGCAUUGAGCCGGGUCUUGUAUUUACUGAAUGCUUUUUGUGCAGAUUAUUUACACUUGCCAAGCAUCCAUUUAAUAAAAUUACAAGAUCUAUGUGCGAAUUGGUAUCGAACAGCUGAAUAUUUUUAUACCAAGUUAUGGAUGAUGAAGCAUUGUGGUGAGGAUAUAACUUGGUUUGUUAAGGUUGCAUUUGUUACUGACAUAGCUGUACCUUCCGGUGCUUUGAUAAAUUUUCUUUUAGUAUGGAAUGACCACAAUACAUUUUUGCUAAUAUGUAACUGUAUACAAUCAGACUCACUUAUGUUAGCAAUAGGUAUUAGCUAUAUUGCAUUUUCCUUUUUGUUUGUUAAUUUCAAGGAUAUAUUCUUCUAGCACAGUUUCACACUUAUGCACCUAACAUAGAAGGUGAUGAAAGCGCCUCAUUUUUCAUUGUACUGUUAUAGGUUUGUAAGUGGGCCUUUAGUGUGAUCUUUAUCAUAUCUAUCCAAUACUAGGGAUAAUCUUGAACUACAUGCCACUAAACAGUAGCCAAGUCACAACAAUAGCUUCCCCAAUCAAUCCAUCCAUUUUCCUCCUGGCUUGCUGUUGCAAGGAGUGGAUCUGGUACUGAAAAAUAUUUUCCCCUUUAAGGGAGGCAAAUUUACAAAGAGACAUUUGGUGCACUGUGAAUGGAUUGUUCUAGUUGGAUUUCCAUAGUGUUCAGUGGCGGAGUUAAGACCUUGGGUCAGAGGGGGCAUUACUUAAUUGCCCCCCAUCUUUUUUAUUCCAGGGGCAAGUGUUAGAGAACAUAAUAAUUUAUAUGCAUAAUAUCAAAGGGCCAAAGGGAAAUUUUAGAAGAGAGAGGGGGGGGGGGAGAAUUGGACACCCUCAAUUGUACGUAGUUCCACCCCUCAUAGUGUUGGGGGAUAACAUAAUCUGCAUGAAACUUGGUUGUGUCCGUUCACUGAGGUGUACCAGAUGCUUGAAGUUCAUGCAUUACAUGGUUAGUUAUCUUUCAUAUAUUUAGGGUGCCAGACAGUGAGACAGCCAAGAAACAUGGUUUUGCCAAGAGAUUUUACCUCUUGGUCAUCAUUACAAUCUUCUGUAUUCUUCAGCAUAACUAUGCUUUUAUCAUGAAAAUUGCUAAGAUCCUAUAACAUUUAUAACUAUAUUGUAAUAUGAAAAGAAUUGACAAUUGUUAGAAUUUUAUUAGAACAUCUUCUGGAUCUAAAAUAUUCUAGGUAUAGAUUUGCGGGUGAUAGUUUUUCCUGUAGGUACUAGCAAAUUCAACAUCAGUGGAGAAAUGUUAUCCCCAAAAACGCAUUUGUGGGACAGUUGAAACUUCUCCAAACUUUCUGGAAAAACAUCUUGGAUACAUGCAGGAUAUGUUAAUCAAACAAGAAACCUGUCUGAAAGGAAAUUUAUAAUAUAAAACUUUCAGAAGUUAUUUGGAAACUUGGUUUACUAACGUUUAUGUUAUUGUAAUUAUUAUCAUAUAUUAAAAUAUUAUUGUAAAUCUUAUUAAGAUCCUUUAUAGUUUCAGCUUUAAUAAGACAGAAGUUUUUGUAUAAGAUUCCUUUUUUUUUUUUUUUGGUACAAAUCUUAAUUGUUUUCUUGUUUUCCCUAUGUCUUUUGGAGGAUGUGCUCACUGCUUCCGUUUCCUGUAUCAACUCUUGUUUCUGUUGGUAUCUAUGGCUUUCCCUUGCUUUUCUCACAUGCCCCGUUGAUUAUUUUAGCUAUAAAAAUGAGACCUGAAGUUCAUUAUGGAAGUAGAAAAAUUGUAGUUGCUUGAAGGUGUAAAAUAAUUAGGAUCGGUCAUUGUAGGCGUUCUCAGUUUUGCUUCCAUGCCCUUACUGCUUUGUUAUGAAUUAUGAUCAGCUGCCUUUGAUAUAUUCAUCUUCUUUUUGGGCAUGUUUUAUAAUAUUAGUAUCUGUUUCUGACGUUCUUGCUUUUGCUUGAACAUCCUUCCUCACGGAUCUUUUUGGUUAAUCAAUUAGUUUUUGUUCUUGUUCUCUGUUGUCUUCUUACUCUUGGUAAUAUAUAACUGCUGUUUUGUUUGUGCUCUAGGAGCUUUUAAAUAUGUUCUUAUUCUUGAUUGUUCAAUUUGAUUUUUAACAUUAUCCCUGUGGCACGCGGGACUGCUAUCUCAUCUUUAUUUCAGCUUUAGAGCAGGGUGGCAAUUAAAUCUGAGCGGCUGGCGCGAUAAGGAUUGCUUAUUCAUAUGUGAAGCACAUCAACUUUGAUCUUCCGCAUUAUUCUUCUAUGAACUGUUUUGAUGUGGCAUCUGAAUUCCAUAUGGGAGCUAACAUUCAACCCCAAAAGUGGGAUUUGUGAGUUUUUGUAACAUGGCAUCUUUCCUGUUAACUUGUUUGAUCCUGUUUUCCCUGAGGUUAUGUUAUGCUUGCCUUUCUUAAUGUGGAGUCUAAAUGGUUACUUCUAGUUUUUCUCUGCUCUCCCCUUCUUUGGUUCAUAAUUUGCUUCUUGGGUUAGGAGCAGAAAAGUUCCUUCUCUUCCUCUGUUGUCAGUCUGUCUGUUAUCUUUUGUUUUUCUAGCUAGCAAAUUUUAGAAAAGAAAAGUUAUAAGUUUGCCGAGGCAUUUUUUGAUAUUUUUCCAGCAAUUUUGUAUUAGAUAUCUCUUUUUCAGUGCUUAAAAGUUCUGUUAAAUACAUACCGUUGAUGAUUUUUUAGGAUUAAUUCUUCUGCUGAAAGCGCCAUAUUUACGUUUCAUCACAUUAACUGCUGCAACCACAGGUUAUACAUGUAGAUUAAUAAAAAGAAGAGUAAAUUGCAAAGAACACCCCUGAGGUUUGGCAAAAUUGCAAAAAAGCUCAAGUUGAGAAAUAGCAAUAAGCACCCCUACUGUUAAAUAAAGGGAUAAAAGGACCGAUUUACCCUUCAUUCUCUCUCCUCUCUCCUCUCAUAUUGAAAAUAAAAAAAUACCUCAUGCCGAUCGACACCGGUCAAUAACCUAGUAGAUUCUAUGCUGGUAUUGGCGUAGAACCCAUCUGGGUUUGAGAAUUAAUUUUUUAGGAUUAGUCCUUCUCCUGAAAGCACUAUAUUUACUUGUAGAUACAUAAAAAGGUUAUACAUGUAGAUACAUAAAAAGGAAUGUGCUUUUAUUUUUUGAACGUCAAGGUUGUUUAAGCUUGUAAAUUUUUUGCUAUUGAAAUCAUUCAGUUUUCUUUGUCGGCCCUAUUUUCAAGGUAUCAUUAACAUGGUUUUUGAAUCAUUGCCUUGAACAGCACUAGUUUUCAUUCUUUUUUGUGUUCAUCAAUUAUGGCAAGGAAAUUUUGGUAGCAAUGUAAUGUGGUCAAGACUUCACAAAUAUGCCAAACUAACAACAAAAAUACCCGUCAUUAUUGAUGUGCCAUUCCAUAUAUAUAUUUUUAAGUUGAUAGAUGGAUUGGUUGGAGUAUCUGAAUCAGUAACUUGUCAAAUGGCUUCUUAGCUCUGGGUCUGAUUAGUGAAUAGGAAUAUAUCAGUGAUUUUUUUUUGGGUGAUUAUUUCUUUGGAGCAUGAGAAGCUGGUAUUCUGUCAUGGAACUCUGCUGUGGGUACUCAUUACUUCCUUGGUUAGGAGCCAAGGAUAAUGGGCGGCAUUAUAAUUCUUCCCUAUGAUCUUCUCUCUUUUUGCCUAGUUGCCUAUUUAUUUUAUUUUUGGGGUGGAGAGGGUACAGAGGAGGUUGUGUGUACAAAAUUCACAUUUAGAAGCAAACUUACAGUGAAAUUGUAGGUUUUCAUGGUCAGACCUAGUUUUGGUAAGCAAUGUUUUAGAAAAUUACAUUAAUGUUCCAUAUGCCUGUUGCCUCAAGAUCAGGGCGAGUUUGACAAGCAAUUGAUUCAUUACCCUAGUUUUUUUUUUCUCUCCUUUUUGUGUAGUUGAUUGAUUACUUCUUGCUCAGUUUUUGUGCUGAAAGAUGACUGUUUUGUGGCUUGUGAUUUGGUGGUCAGGAGUACUAGAAAACUAAUGCGCCCAUCGAACUGGUUUUUUAUUUUGACAGCUGAGGAAUCUCCUAUGGGCAACCUCUAAACAUGAUGUGUACCUUAUGCAAAAUUACUCACUAAUGCACUGGUCCUCACUUUUAAGGAGGGGCAAAGAAGUGCUAAACGUCGCAAAAUCUAUUGUACCCACUGUAAAAUACCAUCCUGGUUCCUUGGCUCAGACACUCUGUAGGGUCCAAAUAAGCACCAUGGCUGUUAAAAAUAAUCUUCUGGUGGCUGGUGGUUUUCAGGGAGAACUUAUCUGCAAGUAUUUAAAUCGUCCUGGGGUUGCCUUCAGCACUAAAAUAACAGCAGAUGACAAUGCUAUAACCAAUGCGGUGGACAUAUGCCACAGCCCCAAUGGUUCUAUGAGGGUAAUGACCGCAAACAAUGACGCUCAGGUCAGGGUUUUUGAUGCCGACAAUUUUUCAUGUCUCAGCUGUUUCUGCUUCCCUUGGUCUGUAAAUAACACUUCAGCCAGUCCCGAUGGUAAAUUACUGGCUGUCCUUGGCGAUAGUUCUGACUGCCUGAUUGCGGACUCCCAGUCUGGGAAGGUGGUUGGGAGCCUCAACGGGCACUUGGAUUACUCGUUUUCUUCAGCUUGGCACCCGGAUGGCAGAAUUUUGGCGACGGGGAACCAGGACACUACUUGCAGGUUGUGGGAUAUCAGAAACCUGUCCAAAUCCAUGUCUGUACUGAAGGGAAGGAUGGGUGCAAUCCGAGCCAUUCGGUUCACAUCGGACGGCCGGUUUAUGGCCAUGGCUGAGCCAGCUGACUUCGUUCAUAUUUUUGAGACCCAAGGUGACUAUGGCAAGGCACAGGAGAUAGAUCUGUUCGGAGAAAUCGCUGGAAUUUCGUUCAGCCCCGAUACGGAAGCGCUUUUUGUUGGGGUUGCAGAUCGGACUUACGGCAGCUUGUUAGAGUUCAACAGAAGGCGAUAUAACCAUUACCUGGACUCCACAUUUUAGUUGAAGGCGGAGGCCGCAGCAAGCUUUAUGUAGGCGAUCAAAUGGCGGUGCGGCGGGCCUAUCGGCAGCCAUGGAUGGCCGGACUUUACUGGGUGGUGGUUGUAAGUAAUUGGAAUGUAGAAUACAUAAUUUUCAUCCUCUUUUAGCAGUCAGGCGCAGAAGGCCUUGCCACAGUUCGGUUUAAGACCUGUUUAUGGUCGUAGGAAAUUUGUUCCUUUCCCAGGGAAUGUGAAAGGGCAAUCAGGAAAAAUAGUUUUGCUUUAUGUGGACGCGUGGCGGUGCUUUUUUUUUUAUUGUGUGUCUAUUUGAUAAAAAUAUACAAAGAUUGAGCGUGCAA